AUGGCCGAUCUACUAGCGAGGCGGAAGAAAGGCGGAAGUACUGCCCUAAACUCCCGGAGUUCCGGGUUGGAAGGCGGUGCGCAGAGCAUGUAUCAAAUGCUCAGGAAGGGGACCGCCCAUGAAGUGAAAGUGAAGUGUGUGUUGCUGUGGCAGCCACAGAGGCCAGGGACCUCACAGGAGUAAAAGAUGAUGGGACUGCCUUCAGGAGAAACACCAUCAAGAAGAGAGGUUUCAAAAAACUUCUAGAGACUCCCCAAGACGUAUGAGAUGAAAGGCUCCUGUCUGUGUGCGUUUAACCCAUUUCUCCUUAUCCCCGAGAUUACGCGCUGCUGUACCUGCGACUGCAGCAUUGGCGCCGGGAUAACGCGUGGAUUACAGUCCCGACUUUACUCCCAACGUUUGCCACAAAAUAUCUCGCGUCUAUUAUUUUUGCAUGGUCCUAGUAUUUUGACUUUGGAAACAAAAGACAUCAUUCUAUUUAUAGCAUUCUGUUUUUAGUAGUGGUAUUACCAUUUACAAAAUAUAGUAAUUCUUGAUCGCUGAAAUGUCAAAUCCGAGAAAACGUACCAUUCCUAUGCGUGAUGGUAAUACUGGUCUCGAACAGUUGUUGGCCGAAGAUUCAUUUGAUGAAUCUGAUUUCUCGGAAAUAGACGAUUCUGAUAAUUUUUCAGAUAGUGCUUUAGAAGAUGAUAAGGUCAGGCCUCUGUCCCAUUUAGAAUCUGAUGGAAAGAGCCCUACAUCAACGGACUCAAGGCGUUCUCUGAAAUGGUCAACUCGUGCUAUGAUUCCACGUCAAAGGUAUGACUUUACCGGCACACCUGGCAGAAAAGUGGAUGUCAGUGAUGUCACUGACCCAUUGCAGUAUUUUGAACUGUUUUUUACUGAGGAAUUAGUUUCAAAAAUUACUAGAGAAACAAAUGCCCAAGCUGCCUUGUUGGCUUCAAAGCCACCUGGUCCAAAAGGAUUUUCACGAAUGGAUAAGUGGAAAGACACUGACAAUGACGAGCUGAAAGUCUUUUUUGCAGUAAUGUUACUGCAAGGUAUUGUGCAGAAACCUGAGCUCGAGAUGUUUUGGUCAACAAGGCCUCUUUUGGAUACCCCUUACCUCAGGCAAAUUAUGACCGGUGAAAGAUUUUUACUUUUGUUUCGGUGCCUGCAUUUUGUCAACAAUUCUUCCAUAUCCGCUGGUCAAUCAAAGGCCCAGAUUUCACUGCAGAAGAUCAAACCUGUGUUCGACUUUCUUGUAAAUAAAUUUUCAACUGUAUAUACUCCAAACAGAAACAUUGCAGUUGAUGAAUCACUGAUGCUAUUCAAGGGGCCAUUAGCUAUCAAGCAAUAUGUCCCAACAAAACGCAUACGAUUUGGUCUGAAGCUAUAUGUACUUUGUGAAAGUCAAUCUGGUUAUGUGUGGAAUGCACUUGUUCACACAGGGCCCGGUAUGAAUUUGAAAGAUUCAGCUGAUGGUCUGAAAUCAUCACGCAUUGUUCUUACCUUGGUCAAUGACCUUCUUGGCCAAGGGUAUUGUGUCUUCCUCGAUAACUUUAAUAUAUCUCCCAUGCUUUUCAGAGAAUUACAUCAAAAUAGGACUGAUGCAGUUGGGACAGCUCGUUUGAACAGAAAACAGAUUCCAAAUGAUCUGAAAAAAAGGAUUGCAAAGGGGACGACUGUAGCCAGAUUCUGUGGUGAACUUAUGGCACUGAAAUGGUGUGACACAAAGGAGGUGACAAUGUUGUCAACAUUCCACAGUGAUACCGUGAUUGAAGUAAACAACAGAAAUGGAAAGAAAACUAAAAAGCCACGUGUCAUUGUGGAUUAUAACGAGAAUAUGGGAGCAGUGGACUCAGCUGAUCAGAUGCUUACUUCUUAUCCAUCUGAGCGCAAAAGACACAAGGUCUGGUAUAAGAAAUUCUUUCACCACCUUCUACACAUUACAGUGCUGAACUCCUACAUCCUGUUCAAGAAAGACAAUCCUGAGUAUACCAUGAGCCAUAUAAACUUCAGACUGACAUUGAUUGAAAGAAUGCUGGAAAAGCAUCACAAGCCAGGGCAGCAACAUCUUCGAGGUCGUCCAUGCUCUGAUGAUGUCACACCUCUUCGUCUAUCUGGAAGACAUUUCCCCAAGAGCAUACCACCAACUUCAGGGAAACAGAAUCCAACUGGUCGCUGCAAAAUUUGCUGUUCCCAAUAUGACAAGGAUGGCAAGAAGAUACGGAAAGAAACACGCUAUUUUUGUGCGGAAUGUGAUGUUCCGCUUUGUGUUGUUCCAUGCUUUGAAAUUUACCACACACAAAAAAAUUAUUAAAUACUGAUCAUC